AUGACAUUUUUCUGUGAUUAUCAUACAGGUAUUACUGUAAGUACAGUACCUGCUAUUUUCAUCAAGGUUUAUCGGGUCAAACGCGAAAUAACGCCUCAUGAGGAAACACUUUCAUCGACUGCCAAUGACAAUAGUUUGCCAAUUACACAACUUAUUCAACUAAAUUCUUCUGAUCCUGUAUUGAAUCAACGUCUUCGAUUACUGCCUAGUCCAAAAGAUCUUCGUACUACAGCAUAUACCAUCCUAAUUAUUCUCAUUCUUUCGACUUGUUUCACUAUUUAUUUCAUCUCAUUUCUUGCUAUUGGCUAUACAACAAUCGAUAUAAGUUUACUUUCUGCCGGAACUUUGGUCAUUUAUGUUCUUUUGAUGGGUAUCAAACCUCAAAUGUUGUGUGCAAUUAAUGAAACACCAUUUGAAAUGGAAUGGAUACUUUUGCAAACACAACAAACACUAGAAAAUAACAUAUCUAAUGGAAGUCAAAAUGCUAAUUUUAAAAUUUUCUUACCAUUUAAUCGAAUGCAAAAUUAUCUUUUGCGAAAAGGCUCGAUUACUAAAGCUCAAGCAAACGGAUACUUUGCUUCUACAAUUUCUAUCAAUCGUGUUGAAGCAGCUCUUGAUGAACUUAAUGAUAAACGAAAUCAACAUCGUUUGAGUAUUGCUUCUGCUGAUAUGCGUUAUGUGAGAAAUCGAAACGAAGAAAAUACUCAAAAUAAUAUUCAUAUAUCUUUACUUCGCAUGAAACUCUUUUUGAUCACUUUCUGUCGACAUGUCAUUCUCAAUUUCUUCAGUCUUCUUAUAUCGACUCAAGCAUGGCUAUUUAUCUUUAUCUUUCUUAUUUGCACAUUUGAAGCGUCUCGUAUGAUACUCAGUGAUCCAACUAUUACCGUAUUCCGUGUGAUAUUCGAAGUGAUUAGUGCCUUUGGUGGAUGUGGUUUUUCCAUGGAACUUUCGAAAGGAGUGCCGAGUCUUGUCUCUGUUCUUACUUCACCUAGCAAGGUUGUGAUCAUACUUGUCAUGUGCAUGGGUAGACAUCGAGGCUUACUCGACUCAAUGAAAGAUCAAUAA